AUGGAAGAUGAAGAGGAUAUUUUUGAAGAUGUUGGAAUUUUUAAUUUUAAUUUUCCAAGUAUGUUUAAAUCUUCUGGAAAUGUUAAUGAUAAUGAUGGUUUCAGAUGUUCGCAAGCAAAUUGUAAUAAAGCUUUUAAAAACAAAGGUCAACUAUCUUCGCAUGUUAGAUGGCAUAGAAGACUUGAUGCACAAUUAGAAAGUGAAACCGAUAAUGGUGAAGAAGAAGAGUAUUCAAAUCCAAUUAAACCUUCACAAAGAGGAAUUCAAUUAAGAAAUCAAAUGAUUCGUUAUGGCUUAAGUUUAUUUAGAGUAGAUUCUCAUGGAAAAUACCUUUGUUUCUUUGAAGGUUGUAAUCUUCGAAUGCUAACAAACUUUUCUAGACAUAUCCAUAAACAUGAACAAAGAAAUGACAAAAUUAAACCUGAUCUUGUUGAUUUAAUUCCAAACUCAAAUAAUAUUCCAGAAACCCAAAAUAUAAGGCCAUAUUCUUUACCUUCAUCACCAACAAAUUGUAAAAUUUCACCAGUUUUUUCAAAAAACAUUCAAAAUUUAAUUAUUAAUCAAAAUAAAUAUAACAACAAUUAUAAUACCAAUAAUACCAAUAAUAACUCUAAUAAUACAAAUAGUAAUACAAAUAAUUAUAACCAUAAUGAAGAAAAUCAAAAAACAAUUGAUUUUGAUUUUAGAAAAAAAAAUUUAAAAUUUUUUAAAAAUAAAAUUGAAUAUAAAAAUAAAAAUGUUGUAAAUAAUAAAAUUAAUACUAAUAAUAUUAUUAAUAAUAAUGAUGAAAAUAAUGAAAUUAAUGAAAUUAAUGAAAUUAAAGAAAUUAACGAAACUAAUGAAAUUAGUAUUAAUAAUCAUAAUAAUAAUAAUAAUAAUAAUAAUAAUAAUAAUAAUAAUAAUAAUAAUAAUAAUAAUAAUAAUAAUUAUAAUAGUAAUUGGUUGAAAGGUGAUCAAAAGUCAGUCUUUGAAAAUAUAAUAAAAGAAACAAAAUUAAAAUUAUUACAUAGUGGAAAAGAAGAUCUCUCUACAAAAAAAAAGGAUUUCAACAAUGAUCCAUCGCAAAGAUUUAUUUUCAAAAUUCAAAGAAAAUUUGUAAAAUAUAUGGUUUCUAAGUACUUAGAAAAUCAUACAAUAAUUCAUAAUCCAGAACAACUUAAAUUAUGUGCGCCACCAAUCAUUAAAGAAUAUCUUGAAGAAUUAAUGUUGGAACAAUCUAGUUUUAAAGAAUUUUGUGAUUUAAUUGCAACAAAUAUUGGAAAUGAUAAAAUUUUUGAUGGAAUAAUUAAAAACAAUAAUUUAAUGAGCAUUAAUUUUAUAAACAACAAUAAUAAUAUUAAUAAAAAAAGUAAAGAUCAAAAUAUAGAAAAUAUUAAGGAUUUACAAUCAAUUAGAUGCAGCCAUCACUCUGAUAAAUUCAUUAACUUUAUAUGCAAAGAUUGCAACUAUCUACCAUGUUGCGAGAGAUGUAAAGAUAUUUUUUAUCAUAAAAGACACCAAGUUGAAGAAUUGGAUGAAAUCAAUGUUGACAAUUUCAUAAACAAUUUAGAUAGAAAACGUUUUAAUAUUGAAGUAAUUAAUGAAAACAAUUGUCAAUCUAUAAAUAAAAAAAUAAAUGGACUUGGUUUGGGACAUUUCAAAGAAACUCUUACAAAUUUAAUAGAUAAAAUAAAUAAAUGUGUAUCAAAGACUAUUGAACCACAAUUUACAGAUAGGGAAAUAAAAAACUUGGAGAAAAUCAUUACAAUUGAUGAAAAAAACAAUAAAUUAAAAGAAAUGGGUGAACUUGUUAUGCAGAAUGGUGAUUUAAAAAAUCCAAAUUCUUUAAAAACUGCCGUUCACUAUCUUCAAAAUUUAGUGGAAUUUGAAGAAAUUAAAAAAGAUUUGGAAUUUACUCGUAUAAAUUUUGAAAAAUUAUUGGAUCUACUCAAAUUGUUUGAAUCAACAAUUUCAAACCCCAAUUGGUAA